AGUAUAAAUAUAUGUUGGAAUAGAAGGUAACAGCAAAGGAGUAGGGAGUGGAACCGUAGGGAGAAUGCAAAAGCAUUAAUCUCUUACACAAAAAGUUGCAACAAACAACCACAAGAAUGGACGACUCAAACCGACUGUAAGUUCACACACACACACACCUCCUCCUCCUCCCCCUUCUUCUUCUUCUUCAUCAUCAUCGUCAUCCGAAAGCCAUCAUUCUCCUCAAAAUUUCUUUAAAAUCCCUCAACAUUCAUGAAAUUCCCAUCUCUUUCCUUUCUUCCUUAACCUAAUUUCCCCUCCUCAAAUGGCUCCUUCCCUUCACAACCCUCCAUUUAUUUUCUUCUUCUUCAUCUUUUCCUUCUUCUUUUUCCCCAUAUCCUCCACAGACACCACUUCCUUGAUCUUCAAAGGCUGUUCCAAACAAAAAUUCCCAGACCCAUCUCAAAUCUACACCCAAAAUCUCAAAUCCCUCUUUUCCACUCUCAUCUCUCAAUCCUCCCAGAAGCCCUUCUUCUCCACAUCUUCAGGCGACGGCGGAACUUCGCUUCAAGGUUUAUUCCAAUGCCGAGGCGAUCUCUCACUCCCACAGUGUAACGACUGUGUUAGUAAGAUUCCAUCCAUGGCAGAUAAACUCUGUGGCCAAGCUCUGGCUGCCAGAGUACAACUCACUGGGUGUUAUUUGCGGUACGAGGUCGCCGGAUUCCGGGAGGUUUCGGGAACGGAGUUGCUGUUUAAGGUUUGUGGGUCGAUUCAGGUGGCCGGAAGUGGGUUUGAAGAGAGGAGGAAUACAGCGUUUGAAAUGGUGGAAAAUGGAGUAAAAAAUGGCGGUGCUCUGUUUUAUGCUGGAAGUUAUAGGUCGGUUUAUGUGUUGGGACAGUGUGAGGGGGAUUUGAGCGAAGGCGAUUGCGGUGGUUGUGUGAAAACGGCGGCUGAGAAGGUUAACGGGGAAUGUGGUGACUCAAUUUCUGGGCAGAUUUAUUUGAACAAAUGCUACAUCAGCUACAAUUACUACCCAAAUGGAAUUCCCAGUAUUUCUUUAGGACCAUUCAGUGUAGGGUCUCGACACAAUACACAAAGAACAGUAGCUCUUGCAGUGGGAGGAUUUGCAGCAUUGGCAUUUCUUAUUGUUUGUUUGCUUUUUGUUAGAUCAGUGAUGAAGAAAAAAAGUAAACAUGGAGGUUGAUUAUUUUUAUCACUCUCUCAUGGUAAUUUGCAUAUUAUAUAAUAUAAUCUUUUAGAGUAUUAAUGUGAAUGAAGAUAGGAUAGGACAAAUAACACUUUAUCUUUUUGUAGUCACAAAGUAAUUAGAUAUAUAUGUGUAUGUGUAGUGGAAGGAAACUAUAUGAUUUUUAUGCAAAGUAAUUUAUAUGGUUUUUUUUUUUAUAAAAAAAUAUAUUUUAAGA